GAUCCUUGUGAUGCCGAUUGCGAAUCCCUUCAAAUUCAUCUUCUAACAGAGCAUCUACGAAAUGCAAUUGUACUUUUAUGUUCUUCUGAAAGUUGUCGUGAUACUAGGUACCUAGUACUGUAUCCAUAUUUAUUAACUGUACUUCUAUAUACGCGCAUUAUCCAAGCACUGUACAAGUACUGAUUAUUACCUGUGCGAUUACCUCGAUCCGUACGAUAAAAGGUCUUGUAGCUGUCCAAGUAACUACAUAUCUAGGUAGGCAACGAAAAUACCUACAGGCAAUUACAGACAGUGGCCAUUGCUGAUAACGCAGUAACUGAGAAGGACCGAACUAUAUAAUUCUAUUUCGUCCCCACCAAUUCACAAACCUUCCUCUUUUUCCUUCCGUUGUUCAAUCUCUACACACGUCAACAUUUGCUCGCGAACUUGAGCAUAUCGUCGGACGUGUCAUUUAAGACACAGAGCAGAACCGUAAUCGCCGAUCCAUAUAACAUUCAUCAAUUUAAAUCCUUUGUUCUUUCACUCAUUCACUCCAUCUUACUUUUAUCAUGUCAGACGGUAUGUGUGGCGGCUCUAAGAAUCCGAUCCUUGGUCACUUCGACCGGGAAACUUAUCGAGAGACCCGCGCACGAAAUGAACAACGCGCACAGGAAGAAAUCUUACUUCGUGCAAGUGUGCGUUACGAUGAGCAAUUCAGUCAAUUCCAACGAGAGAGUGCCCCCAUGCCCCACCAACAGCCCGCUACCAUUGCCGACUAUCGUACACUACCUCGUCGCAUCCAGUCGACCAAUGCCCCUCCCGGUCCUAGAAUGCUAGGUGGCUAUGGACACCAGCGCCCUUCUCCCUCUGGUUUUGCACCUCGCGCCGUUCCUACCCAGCCCAUGGAGGCAGGUCAGAGUACACACGAGAACUGGGCUCGUCAGUACCAAGAUCAGCAACUCAUCUCGAACACGUUGAAUUUUCUUGCUCGUCCUGCUACCAGGGAGGUCUUCAAUCAUCCUUCUGUCAGCACCCGUACCGGACGACCUUACGAUAACGCCCUAUACCGAGCGCAAACACGAGGAUCAAUGGCAUCCGGGCCAAGCUUCGCGCCGAUCUCCAUGGAUCAAAACGGCGCUUCCAUCGCUACUGGUCGCGUGAACCCCCGUGUUGAGUUCGACAAUGCGUUCCGGGGAUGGAUGGAUACCAUGGGUGCCGAAGACGACGAAGAUCUCUGGGCAGAUGAUUUGCCUCAGACCGAAGUAUCUGAGUCGGCCACAGCCCCAAUCUCUGAAGCUCCCGUCACGAGCCCUGCAGCAGAGGCGACCAACAGCCAGGAGGAGCAAGCGGCCCGCACAGAGCACACGCGAAACAGCGAAGACUCUAAGCUCGCAAUCGCGGCCCAAGAGAUCAUCAACUCCGUGUCUGAAGAUCAAUCGGAUAAGUUCCAGCAGUCAGAGUUCCUGAGUCUCAUGCGCCGAAUCGCCUCUAAGGACUUGGUCGUACGCGACAACGCAUUGGUGGAUGCCAGCACCCUCGCCACCAACUCCCACGACGCCAGCAUCACCAAUGCAGGUAGCGGUAAUUACAAGCAGGCAACGGCGGAGGAUGAAGAGUAAGCAGGAUGAAGUGAAUGAUGCACGGCCUAAGAGGAGGCUACAUGGACGCCUGAAAAUCGAAGGCGUGAGGCUUGGGAAAGGGAAGCAGGAAUCAACGACCUAUUACUUGAAUUCAGGGUUCUAAGUUCUACGUCGGUUUACCUAGCUACUGGACAUCAUGGACAGCAGAAGCAUCGUCACAAACAUGAUCCCCCUUAGAUAGCCUAAUGUUCAUCAACUGAUACCACACAUAUUCGUGUUUGUCUUGUUUCCUGUGAUCGAUUUCGUGAUAACU